UACCAUCAUCUAUCACCAUGGGCAAGAUCACUCUGUACGAGGAGAGGAACUUCCAGGGUCGCUCUUAUGAGUGCAUGAGUGACUGCUCUGACUUUUCCUCCUACCUCAGCCGCUGCCAGUCCUGCAGGGUAGAGAGCGGCUGCUUCAUGGUCUAUGAGCGUUCCAGCUAUACGGGCAACCAGUUCUUCAUGAGGAGGGGCGAGUACUCGGACUUCAUGCGUAUGGGACUGGGUGACUCCAUCCGCUCCUGCCGUAUGAUCCCUAUGCACAGAGGAACCUUCAGAAUGAGGAUCUACGAGAGGGAGAACUUCAGCGGUCAGAUGAUGGAGCUGAUGGACGACUGUGAGUCUAUCCAGGAGCGUUUCCGCAUGUCCGACUGCCAGUCCUGCAACGUGAUGGAAGGCCACUGGCUCAUGUAUGAGCAGCCCCACUUCAGAGGCAGGAUGAUGUACGUGAUGCCUGGCGAUCACAGGAGCUUCAGGGACAUGGGCAUGACCAUGAGAAUCAGCUCUAUGAGACGCAUCAUGGAUUCUUGUUAAUUGAAGAGGAUGGUGGACUUAGAACUCACGUGUAUGGUUAUGGAAGUA